GAGAAGCCAUACCAUUGCUCAAAGUCCUGAACCCUCUCUAUCUAUCAACUCUGCUGUCUAUUGCUGCUGCUUCUCUACUCUUUACUUCCGUCUCAUAUAUCAUGCCCUGAUACCUACCUUUGUUUUCACUAUGCUUCCAGUGAAAACUCUUAAUUUUUCCAAAUAGAAUUAGAGGCCUCUUACCUCUGCCACCUUUUCUUUUCUAAGAAAUAAAAAAUAAUAAACUAAUAUUCUAUACUCAGUAAAUAAUGUCAUCUCCGUCGUAUUUCUUAUAAUCCUAUUAAUAUUUUUACUGAUUAUUUUUAUUUUUAAUAGAAUUUAUAGUUGAUCAAAAUAAAAAUAAAAAUUACUAUAAAUAGUUAUAGUCCCCACAAAAUUCUGCCUGCAAACUCCAAUUCUUUUAUAUCCGGCCUCAUGCUUCAGGCUCAAAAUCGCUGAAUUUUUACUUAUUUCGUCAUCAACUCAGUUCUUCUAUGAUUUGUUUCAGUAUCCAGCCCUGAAUAGCGUUGCCUACUUUUCUGGUUCCAGUUUCAACAUGACUGCCCCUCCAACUCCAGUGCUCGGGUCUAUGGUGUGAAGUCCAGGUCUUCAACUGAAGCGAGUUGAUAAGCUGUCAGGCUAUUCAAAAUUGUUGAUAUCUACUAAUAAUGGAAAAUAAAAACGAAGAUGAGGCGAAGAAGGCACAGAUUUUGGAGACUCGAGCAAGAAAUAUAAGUCAUAAUGUAAGAUGCACAGAGUGUGGAAGUCAGUCUAUUGAAGAUUCUCAAGCAGAUAUUGCCAUUCUCCUCAGGAAGCUAAUUCGUGAUGAGAUUCAAGCUGGGAAAUCUGACAAAGAGAUCUUCAAAAAGCUUGAGGAUGACUUUGGAGAAACGGUACUUUAUGCCCCAAAGUUUGAUUUGCAGACUGCAGCCUUGUGGCUAUCACCACUUCUAGUUGCAGGUGCUGCUGGUGGAAUUUGGGCUUACAAUAAGCACAGACAGAAGACCAACGUGCAUAUCAUGGCUUUGAACCUUGUUCGAGGUGUUCCUUUAACCCCGAAAGAGAAGGAAACUAUGCUUGACAUUCUCACACCUCCUACCACAAAAGGAGCUACUCCUUCCUCUUGGUGGAGAAGGUGGCGUGAUUAAUAAUGUCUUUCUUCUGUUUACUUGUAUACAUCUUUUCUUGACCUGGAAUUUUUGUGCUGGGAGGCAAAUUUGCUGCCAAUUCCAACCCAUUACCUUAUAAUUCGGGUUCCACUGGUUUUAUUCUAAUCAGUUUGAAGAGCAAUCUUGGUUAUUUGUUAUA